CUGAUCCUGACCGGGGUCGCGUUCGUGACGCUGUUCCCGUUCCUGUACAUCCUGGCGGUUUCCUUGAGCGACCCGGCCGCCGUCAUGCUGCGCGAGGUCGUGCUGUGGCCGGUGCGUCCGACCCUCGAAACCUACGAGCGCGCACUCUCGGACCCGCGCAUAUGGAUCGGUUUCAGGAACUCCGUCCUCUACUCAAGCGUGAAGGUCACGCUGAGCGUGUCGCUGACCAUGAUGGCCGCCUAUCCGCUGGCGCAUCGCAGGUUCCGCUACCGCGGCUUCUUCAUGCGCAUGAUCGUGUUCACGAUGCUGUUUCAGGGCGGCUUGAUCCCGCUCUACCUGGUGGUCCGCAAUCUCGGGCUCAUCGACACGAUCUGGGCGAUAGUGCUGCCCACGGCGAUCUUUGCGUUCCACCUGAUCCUGGCCAAGAGCUUCGUCCAGCAACUCCCGUGGGAGCUCUGCGAGGCCGCGCUGAUCGACGGCGCCAACGAGCUGAGCAUCUUCGCGCGCGUGAUCGUGCCGCUGUCCAAGCCGAUCAUCGCCACCCUCACCCUGUACUACGCGGUGGAGAUAUGGAACUCGUACUUCUAUCCACUGCUGUUCCUGAUCGAUGCGAAGAAGUUCCCGCUGCAGGUGUACCUGCGCGAGCUGGUCCUCGGCGCCGAGCUGGCGGAGCUGCGCCUGGUGCAGGAGGGGGCCAGCAUGGAUGCGCUCAUGCGGCCGCUGCCGAGCCCGGAGGCGCUCAAGGCGGCGAUCCUGGUGAUCUCCACCGUGCCGAUCCUGAUCCUCUACCCCUUCCUGCAGCGCUACUUCGUAAAGGGAAUCACCCUGGGCGGCGUCAAAGGCUGA